GGAGCGGAAGCCGGAAGUGGAGGCAUGCUUUGCGCGUGUUGAUCAUGGCGGUCAGCGGGCCUGUGGAGCCGGGGACCCCGGCGGCUACUGCCGCCCCCUCGCCCGCCGCGGCCCGGGCUCCAGCCCCCGAGCACUUGUUCCGGCCUAUCAGCGCCGAGGACGAGGAGCAGCAGCCCACCGAGAUCGAGUCGCUGUGUAUGAACUGUUACUGCAAUGGCACGACGCGCCUCCUGCUCACCAAGAUCCCUUUCUUCAGAGAGAUAAUUGUGAGCUCCUUUUCCUGUGAGCAUUGUGGCUGGAGCAACACGGAGAUCCAGUCGGCCGGCAGGAUCCAGGAUCAGGGAGUGCGCUACACUUUGACCGUCAGGGCCCAGGAGGACAUGAACAGAGAAGUGGUGAAAACGGACUCUGCCACCACAAGGAUCCCGGAGCUGGAUUUUGAAAUUCCUGCUUUCAGUCAGAAGGGAGCUCUGACCACUGUUGAAGGACUGAUCAGUCGUGCUGUCUCUGGCCUGGAGCAGGAUCAGCCCGCACGAAGGGCAAAUGAAGAAGCCAUAGCUGAAAGAAUUGAUGAGUUUAUUGUCAAACUGAAAGAGCUAAAGCAAGUGGCCUCUCCUUUCACUCUGAUCAUUGAUGAUCCCUCAGGGAACAGCUUUGUGGAAAACCCCCAUGCUCCCCAGAAAGAUCAUGCCCUCGUGAUCACACACUAUAAUCGGACUCUACAGCAGGAAGAGAUGCUGGGGCUCCAGGCUGAGGCACCACCAGAAGAGAAGCCAGAAGAGGAGGAUCUCAGAAACGAAGUGCUGCAGUUCAACACAAACUGUCCAGAAUGCAGUGCUCCGGCUCAGACCAACAUGAAGCUAGUUCAAAUCCCCCACUUUAAGGAGGUUAUCAUCAUGGCUACCAACUGCGAGAACUGCGGCCAUCGGACCAAUGAGGUGAAAUCUGGAGGAGCAGUAGAGCCCUUGGGUACCAAGCUCACCUUCCAUAUCACAGAUCCUUUAGAUCUGACCAGAGAUGUGCUCAAGUCUGAGACGUGUAGUGUGGAAAUCCCAGAGCUGGAAUUUGAACUGGGAAUGGCCAUCCUCGGGGGCAAGUUCACAACACUGGAGGGGCUACUGAAAGACAUCCAGGAACUGGUGACCAAGAACCCUUUCACACUGGGUGACAGUUCCAAUCCUGGCCAGAUGGAGAAACUGCAGGAGUUUAGCCGGAAGUUAGACCAGAUCGUUCAGGGUAACAUGAAGGCCCACUUCAUUAUGAAUGAUCCAGCAGGAAACAGCUACCUUCAGAAUUUGUAUGCACCUGAAGAUGAUCCUCAGAUGAAGGUGGAGCAUUAUAAGCGCACAUUUGACCAAAACGAGGAGCUAGGGCUCAAUGACAUGAAGACAGAGGGCUAUGAGACAGGCCUGGCCCCACAGCGGUAGUGACGGGUAGUUUCCGAGCCAGCCUCCAGUGCUGCUUAGACUGAAGGGUUAUUACUGUCGGGAAAGGCUGGGGGUAUCCUCAGCCCCCAUGUGGUCUGAGAGAUGUGGGCAGUUUUGUGAACGGUUUGUGAUGGAAGUGCAAGCCUGUUUACUUGACUGUAUUUUGGAGGUUUUGAAUUGGCCUGGGAAGAAACCCAGAAAUGAACCAUGGGGCAUGUCAUUAUCCCUUUUUUUCCUGUCACCUCUUUACCCUCCCUCCACAUAAUGCUCUCUCUAGGGUUGGAACUCUGAAGAUGGAAGACAGCUACAUCUGGAGUUUGGGAGUUGGCUGGGGAAUAUAAAAUACUGGCUUUCAACAGGAAAAGAGUCUUCUGAGGGAGGGAGUCCAGCACAGGAAAAGCAGCUCUCAUUAAAGUGGUGGCUUUCCAUCAGGACUGGCCUCUGAAUUCACUCUGUCCUUAUUUGAUACCAUGCUAGUAGAAUUCAACCUCCUGAAUAAAUUUUCCCCAGUGUAGUCAAUUUGGGGAUCGGA